AUGAUGUUUGUAGUAAUUCAUGUUUUUUUUCCAGAAGAAGACUGGCAAAAUGACAAAACUGGCCGCAACCAACCUAAUGAACAAGAUGAAUCAAAUGAAUCAAAUGAAUCAAAUGAAUCAAAUGAAUCAAAUGAAUCAAAUGAAUCAAAUGAAUCAAAUGAAUCAAAUGAAUCAAAUGAAUCAAAUGAAUCAGAUGAAUCAGAUGAAUCAGACGAAUCAGAUGAAUCAGACAAACCAGAUGAAUCAGACGAAUCAGAUGAAUCAGAUGAAUCAGACGAAUCAGAUGAAUCAGACGAAUCAGAUGAAUCAGAUGAAUCAGAUGAAUCAGAUAAAUCAGAUGAAUCAGAUGAAUCAGAUGAAUCAGAUGAAUCAGAUGAAUCAGAUGAAUCAGAUGAAUCAGAUGAAUCAGAUGAAUCACAUGAAUCAGAUGAAUCAGAUGAAUCAGAUGAAUCAGAUGAAUCAGAUGAAUCAGAUGAAUCAGAUGAAUCAGAUGAAUCAGAUGAAUCAGAUGAAUCAGAUGAAUCAGAUGAAUCAGAUGAAUCAGAUGAAUCAGAUGAAUCAGAUGAAUCAGAUGAAUCAGAUAAAUCAGAUAAAUCAGAUGAAUCAGAUAAUUCAGAUAAAUCAGAUAAAUCAGAUAAUUCAGAUGAAUCAGAUGAAUCAGAUGAAUCAGAUGAAUCAGAUGAAUCAGAUGAAUAAGAUUAAUCAGAUGAAUCAGAUGAAUCAGAUGAAUCAGAUGAAUCAGAUGAAUCAGAUGAAUCAGAUGAAUCAGAUGAAUCAGAUGAAUCAGAUGAAUCAGAUGAAUCAGAUGAAUCAGAUGAAUCAGAUGAAUCAGAUGAAUCAGAUGAAUCAGAUGAAUCAGAUGAAUCAGAUGAAUCAGAUGAAUCAGAUGAAUCAGAUGAAUCAGAUGAAUCAGAUGAAUCAGAUGAAUCAGAUGAAUCAGAUGAAUCAGAUGAAUCAGAUGAAUCAGAUGAAUCAGAUGAAUCAGAUGAAUCAGAUGAAUCAGAUGAAUCAGAUGAAUCAGAUGAAUCAGAUGAAUCAGAUGAAUCAGAUGAAUCAGAUGAAUCAGAUGAAUCAGAUGAAUCAGAUGAAUCAGAUGAAUCAGAUGAAUCAGAUGAAUCAGAUGAAUCAGAUGAAUCAGAUGAAUCAGAUGAAUCAGAUGAAUCAGAUGAAUCAGAUGAAUCAGAUGAAUCAGAUGAAUCAGAUGAAUCAGAUGAAUCAGAUGAAUCAGAUGAAUCAGAUGAAUCAGAUGAAUCAGAUGAAUCAGAUGAAUCAGAUGAAUCAGAUGAAUCAGAUGAAUCAGAUGGAUCAGAUGAAUCAGAUGAAUCAGAUGAAUCAGAUGAAUCAGAUGGAUCAGAUGGAUCAGAUGAAUCAGAUGAAUCAGAUGAAUCAGAUGAAUCAGAUGAAUCAGAUGAAUCAGAUGAAUCAGAUGAAUCAGAUGAAUCAGAUGAAUCAGAUGAAUCAGAUGAAUCAGAUGAAUCAGAUGAAUCAGAUGAAUCAGAUGAAUCAGAUGAAUCAGAUGAAUCAGAUGAAUCAGAUGAAUCAGAUGAAUCAGAUGAAUCAGAUGAAUCAGAUGAAUCAGAUGAAUCAGAUGAAUCAGAUGAAUCAGAUGAAUCAGAUGAAUCAGCUGAAUCAGCUGAAUCAGCUGAAUCAGCUGAAUCAGCUGAAUCAGCUGAAUCAGCUGAAUCAGCUGAAUCAGCUGAAUCAGAUGAAUCAGAUGAA